CACAAAAGGGAGGCAAGUAGCUUCAGCCCGUCCUCUUUCUUACUGAGGCUGCACGCUGGGAGGGGCGCUUGCGGCGUGUCAAGAUGGUGUCCGGCAGCGGGGUGAUCAAGAAGCGGGUGCUCAUCGACGCCCGCCACCACAUGCUGGGCCGCCUCGCCAGCAUCAUCGCCAAGGAGCUGCUCAAUGGACAGAGAGUGGUUGUUGUGCGGACGGAGGAGAUUGCGGUGUCGGGCGGGCUUGUCCGGCAAAAGAUGAAGUACCUGCGCUUCCUGCGUAAGCGGAUGAACACCAAGCCAAGCAAAGGGCCCCAUCACUUCCGGUCCCCCGCCCGGAUUCUUUGGAGGACUAUCCGAGGCAUGAUCCCCCACAAGACCAAGCGCGGCGCGGAGGCCCUGGAGCGGUUCAAGGCGUUUGAGGGCAUCCCCGCGCCGUACGAUCGGAUGAAGCGCUUUGUGGUGCCGGACGCGCUCAAGGUGCUGCGGCUGCAGCCGGGGCACAAGUACUGCCUGCUGGGGAAGCUGAGCGAGGAGGUCGGCUGGCACCACAGCGCCACCAUCAAGGAGCUCGAGGAGAAGCGCAAGGCCAAGUCCGCCGCCUUCUACACCAAGAAGAAGGAGCUAGUGCAGCUGCGGUUGAAGGCCACCAAGAACGCCGCCAAGGCGCUGGAGCCCAUGGAGAAGGUGCUGGCCCCUCUCUCGUACAAGGCCGCUGCAUAGGGACACGAAGUCGAAUUUGACAACUGUUUUCAUACAAUCGUCAGCUCAUCUCAGGUCUCCAAGAGCAUGCCACUUCAAUGUGUGAAGCGCAAGAAUGACAGCCAUCUUCAUGUUCGAACCAAGAUGAAGCUACUGCUAUUGAUCGAUGAUGAGGAGUUACGAGACUCGCAAUUUCUUUGGGGUAUGCGGGGUCGGAGGCUCUAGCAAAGGAGCAUGGUUUGUAGCCGCGAGCAGCUAUUCCUAUCCUGCUUGUGCGCAUCUUGGUAUGUGACGGUCCCUGCCUAACAUUCGCAUUGCAUACUAAACAGUCGUGCC